GGAGGCAGUGCACCAUGCGCGCGCCCUGACGGAGUUUGCGUUUUUCGGACCCCCCUCCUCUACGUUCCCGCCUCCUCUCAUCUCCUCCCUGUCUGAACUCGGUUACCGGACUGCAUGGCUGGAGCUAAACGGACCGAGUCUCCGUGUGACAGCGAUCAGGAGGUGAAGAGCGAGCUGAGGAGAUCAACAGCGGAUCAUCAUCAGCAGCAGCAGAGCAGCGCGCCCACGCCGCUUCGCACCAGCAGCUCUAUGGCGAGCGACGGCGGCCAGAGAGUGCAGGUGGAGUUCUAUGUGAACGAGAACACAUUUAAAGAGAGAUUGAAGCUCUUCUUCAUCAAAAACCAAAGGUCAAGCCUCAGAAUACGCCUUUUCAACCUCUCGCUGAAGUUGCUAACAUGUCUCCUGUACAUCAUCCGAGUAUCACUGGAUGUCCCCAUGAAUGAAGUCACAUGUGGAUGGAAGAACUGCUCUAAUGUCACUGAUGCUCCCUGCAGUAAAAUCUGUGCCAAUCAGACGACAGAUUCCAUGCCGAUCAACUGGGCAUUGAUAUUCUGGGUGAACAGAAAGACUCCUGUAUGGGCUAUACAGGUGACAGUGGCCUUAAUUAGCUUCCUGGAAGCAAUGCUCUUGACAUAUCUCAGUUACAAGGGAAACAUUUUUGAGCAGAUUUUCCAAGUUUCCUUCAUCCUUGAGAUGAUCAAUACAGUGCCAUUCAUAAUUACAAUCUUUUGGCCUCCAUGGAGGAACAUAUUUGUCCCAGUGUUCCUUAAUUGCUGGCUUGCCAAGUCUGCGCUGGAGAACAUGAUCAAUGAUCUUCAUCGUGCCAUCCAGCGCACACACUCUGCCAUGUUUAACCAGGUGCUCAUCCUCAUCUGCACGCUGCUUUGCCUGGUCUUCACUGGGGCCUGCGGGAUUCAACACCUAGAGCGAGCAAGGAAUAAUCUUUCCCUGUUUGAUUCGCUCUAUUUCUGCAUCGUCACUUUCUCCACUGUGGGCUAUGGAGAUGUCACACCAAAAAUCUGGCCUUCCAAGCUACUGGUGGUCAUCAUGAUAUGUGUGGCGCUUGUAGUACUGCCAUUACAAUUUGAGGAGCUAGCAUAUCUGUGGAUGGAGAGGCAGAAAUCAGGCGGUAACUACAGCAGACAUCGAGCUCAGACCGAAAAACACGUGGUGCUUUGUGUCACUUCACUCAAGAUUGACCUCCUCAUGGACUUCCUCAAUGAGUUUUAUGCUCAUCCCAGACUACAGGAUUACUACGUGGUCAUCCUCUGCCCCACAGAGAUGGAUAUCCAAGUGCGGCGAGUGCUGCAGAUUCCUCUGUGGUCUCAGAGAGUCAUCUACCUGCAGGGCUCUGCACUGAAGGACCAGGAUCUCAUGAGAGCCAAGAUGGAUAAUGCAGAAGCCUGCUUUAUCCUCAGCAGCAGGAAUGAAGUGGAUCGCACUGCAGCUGACCAUCAGACAAUCCUAAGAGCCUGGGCAGUAAAGGAUUUCGCCCCAAAUUGUCCUCUCUAUGUUCAGAUCCUUAAACCUGAGAACAAAUUCCAUGUGAAGUUUGCUGAUCAUGUAGUGUGUGAAGAGGAGUUCAAGUAUGCCAUGCUAGCUCUGAACUGUGUGUGUCCAGCCACGUCCACGCUGGUUACACUCCUGGUCCACACGUCACGCGGACAGGAGGGACAGAUGUCUCCAGAACAGUGGCAGAGAACAUACGGACGCUGCUCGGGUAAUGAAGUUUACCACAUCCGCCUCGUUGAUAGCAAAUUUUUUGGAGAGUAUGAUGGGAAAAGUUUUACAUACGCCUCCUUUCAUGCACAUAAAAAAUACGGAGUUUGCCUAAUUGGUGUAAAGAGAGAAGAGAAUAAAAGCAUCCUGCUCAACCCCGGCCCCCGCCACAUCAUGGCUGCCACAGACACCUGCUACUACAUCAACAUCACCAAGGAAGAGAACUCCGCCUUCAUCUUUAAACAGGAAGAGAAGCAUAGCAAGGGCCUACCAGUCAGUGGUCUGUACGAUGCCCCCUCUCGCCUCCCCGUGCAGAGCAUCAUAGCCAGCAUGGGCACUGUGGCCAUAGACCUGCAGAACCCUGAGCCUGCAGGCCACAGUAGCAAGCUGGCACUGCCCACAGAGAACGGAGCAGGCAGCCGGCGGCCCAGCAUCGCCCCUGUACUGGAGCUGGCUGACUCCACUUCCAUCCUGCCUUGUGACCUCCUGAGUGACCCUUCCGAGGACGAGACCAACCAAUCAGACGAGGAAGGAGUGACUGCCCCAGAAUAUGUAAAAGGAUAUCCUCCAAACUCACCAUACAUUGGGAGUUCACCAACACUGUGCCAUCUUCUACAAGAGAAAGCUCCAUUCUGCUGUCUGCGACUAGACAAGGGUUGUCGCCAUAACAGUUUCGAAGACGCCAAGGCAUACGGUUUCAAGAACAAGCUCAUCAUUGUGUCUGCUGAAACGGCUGGAAACGGCUUGUACAAUUUCAUCGUUCCACUGCGUGCUUAUUACAGACCCAGGAAGGAGCUCAACCCCAUCGUGCUACUGCUAGAUAAUCCGCCAGAUAAUCAUUUUCUGGAAGCCAUCUGUUGUUUCCCCAUGGUGUAUUUUAUGGCCGGCACCAUAGACAAUUUGGAUAAUCUGCUGCAGUGUGGGAUUAUUUACGCUGAUAACCUGGUAGUGGUGGAUAAGGAAAGCACUAUGAGUGCAGAAGAGGACUACAUGGCUGAUGCUAAAACUAUUGUUAAUGUUCAGACCAUGUUUAGGUUGUUUCCAAGUCUCAGUAUUAUCACUGAACUAACUCAUCCCUCCAAUAUGAGGUUCAUGCAGUUUCGAGCCAAAGACUGCUACUCCCUGGCUCUCUCCAAAUUAGAGAAGAUAGAGAGAGAUAAGGGAUCGAAUCUUGCAUUCAUGUUCCGCCUUCCGUUUGCUGCAGGCAGGGUGUUCAGUAUCAGCAUGUUGGAUACACUCCUCUAUCAGUCUUUUGUGAAGGACUACAUGAUUCCUAUUGUUAGACUUCUUCUUGGUCUAGACACUACCCCAGGCUCUGGCUACCUCUGUAUGAUGAAGGUGACAGAGGAAGAUCUAUGGAUCCGGACAUAUGGAAGGCUUUUUCAGAAGCUCUGUUCCUCCAGCGCUGAAAUCCCCAUCGGCUUGUACCGCACAGAAUCCCACAUGUUCUCAUCAUCAGAGUCUCAGGUGUCUGUAAACGUGGAUGAGUGUGAUGACCCACGGGACCGACGCGAGUCCUGGAAAGAGAAAACGGCCCAUAGGAACUCGACAGGCAGUGACCAAUCAGAACAUCCACUGCUGAGGAAGAAGAGCAUGCAGUGGGCACGGAGACUAAGUAGGAAGAGCACCAAGCCCCCGAGCUGUGCUGAACGCAUCAACCAACAACGCCUCAACCUCUACAGACGCUCUGAGAGACAGGAGCUCUCCGAACUGGUAAAGAACCGCAUGAAGCACCUGGGUCUGCCCACCAUCGGCUACGAUGAAAUGAAUGAUCAUCAGAACACACUGUCCUACGUGCUGAUCAACCCUCCUCCAGACACUGUUCUGGAGCUCAAUGAUAUUGUGUACAUCAUCCGGUCAGACCCGUUGGCCCACGUACCUGACGAGUUGCCUGUGUGCCAGGCAGGUGCCAGGCUGAAGCAGGAUUAUGGCACAGAGACAAGAGGAGAGACUCAUCUCUGAGAACCAGAGUUCUGCUUGGAACAUGCAUGGAGAGUGCCUCCUGUUCCCAAUACACACAGCCACAAUCCAUCAAGCACGCAGUCCUCCAAGGCCACAUGGGGAGGGUGGGGGGGUUCAUUCCACUAUCACGAACAACUUCCCCCACGUUUACCUUUUCCAUGACAGGACUGGAAUCUGUGUGCAUUUUUUCACUGAAAUGGCUGCUGCAUUUUCCCAGUUUAGACAGAUUCCGAAACAGGGAGAUGUCAUGUUCUGGACCAAACACACUGUUCAAGCCCUUUCUUUCCUCUGGACAGUAAGUGAAAUACAAAAGAAUGCAAUAUUUCGCUGAGUGAGGGGAAGAGAAAGAAAUCAUGACUGCCAUGUAACGAGAUGAGAUUUUAAGAAGACAUUAAUCAGUAAAUAUAAAAGUGAAGCUUCUUUUUUGUAUAUACAUGUAGUUACAUAUACUUUUACUUGGUCACUGGAUCUUCAGUAUAGAUCAUACAUCAUAUUAUUGUUUUGUCCUUGAAGCACAAAUAUUUUAGGUUAGAAUUACCCAACCAGUAAAACUCAACGAU